GCCCUCCCCGCCCGGUGGCAGCUCCGGGCACGGUUCGCGGGAGCAACUUGGCGGCUCGUCCCCGUGUGCCUGUGCCCGGGCCAGCGCGGCCAUGGCGGGCGGGCGGCCCCGCCGCCCCUAGAGCCGCCCGGGCUGCCGGACCACCGGAGCCACCGAGAGCCACGGGAGCCACCGGAGCCGCCGCGAUGAGCGCUCUCGCCUUCGACGACGCGGCCCUGGAGGGGCUGGCACCGUCCCUCGGCCUCUCCGGGGCCAGCGACAUCGACACGGCCUUGCUGAGCGACAUCGACGACAUGCUGCAGCUGAUCAACACGCCGGACAAUGACUUCUCGGGGCUGUUCGACUCACCGUUCAGCGCCCCGGACAGCGCCGUGCCCCCGGGGCUCCCCUCCACGCCGGGCACCCUCAGCACCUUCCUGGGUCCCAGCAAGCCGCCCCCCGCCGCCCCCACCGGCAGCGCCUACGCGGGGCCCCCCGGGAUGGCCACGUUCACCCCGCCGCCCCCGGCCCCGCUGCUGCCGGCGCCACCCCUGGGUAUCAAGGAGGAGCCACCCGUGGUGCCCAGCAGCCAGCCCCAGCCCCAGCCCGGCGUCAUGCUGGCCCCCAGCUUCGUCCCUGCGUCCCCCAGCCCGUUCACUGCCCAGCCCUUGGUGGGCUACCAGAACCAGCACGGCUUCUCCGCUGUGCAGCCUGGGAGUGCAGGGCAGAGCCUGCCCAGCCCCCUGCCCGCCCCACAGCCCAGCAGCCAGCCCGUGACGCUGCCCGGCCCCGUGCAGAACGUGGCACCCCAGCAGCUCGCCCCCGCCACCCAGUCUGUGUCACCACAGAUCCAGCCAGUGCCGGUUCUGCUGCAGCCCCAUUUCAUCAAGGCUGACUCCCUGCUGCUGACGGCCGUCAAGACGGACGCCAGCAGCGCCAAGACUUCCACCAUCGCCUCCCUGGCCACCAGUGCCAGCGGCUCUGCCACCCCGCUCCAGGUGCCGGCGCUGGUGAGCGGAGGGACCAUCCUGGCCACGGUGCCGCUGGUGGUGGACGCAGACAAGCUGCCCAUCAACCGGCUGGCGCCCAGCGGGAAACCGGCGCUGGUGCAGAGCCGGGGCGAGAAGCGCACGGCCCACAACGCCAUCGAGAAGCGCUACCGCUCCUCCAUCAACGACAAGAUUGUGGAGCUCAAGGACCUGGUGGUGGGCACCGAGGCCAAGCUCAACAAGUCGGCGAUCCUGAGGAAGGCUAUCGAGUACAUCCGCUUCCUGCAGCAGAGCAACCAGAAGCUGAAGCAGGAGAACCUCGCCCUGAAGAUGGCUGUGCAGAAGAACCAGCCCACGAAGGAGCUGGGGACCCACUGCAGCCGGGGGGCCAAGGCAGAGGCCCCCAUGGAGGUGGUGAAGACGGAGGUGAUGGAGAUGCUGACGCCACCGCCCUCAGACGUGGGCUCGCCGUCCCACAGCAGCCCACGCUCGCUCAGCAGCCGCAGCAGCAACAGCAGCAGCGACUCAGAGCCCGACAGCCCCCUCUGUGCCCAUGGCAAGGUGAAGCAGGAGCGCCCGCCGUCCUCACCCAGCAGCCAGGGAAUGCUGGACCGCUCCCGCAUGGCCCUCUGCACCUUCGUCUUCCUCUGCCUCUCCUUCAACCCCCUGGCCUCCCUCCUCCAGGGUUCUGGCUCCCCAGCCCCCCUGGGGAGCCAGGACACUGCUGGUCCUGGCAGGAGCAUCAUGGCUGACUCUGGCUCUUUGGAGGAGCCAUGGAGCUGGACACAGUGGCUGUGGCCCACACUGGCAUUCUGGGCACUGAACGUGGCGCUGGUGCUGGGUGCGGUGGUGCGGCUCUUCGUGUGCGGGGAGCCCGUCACCCGCCCCCACUCCGAGCCCUCCAUCCUCUUCUGGCGGCACCGCCGGCAGGCCGACCUCGACCUCGACCGGGGAGACUUCGCGCAGGGGGCCCAGCACCUGCGGACGGCGCUCGGGGCACUGGGGCGGCCGCUGCCGGCCUCGCACGGGGACCUGGCCUGCAGCCUGCUCUGGACCCUCCUGCGCCACCUCCUCCAGCGCCUCUGGGUGGGUCGCUGGCUGGCUGCCCGCGCCGGGGGGCUGCGCCCGGACCCCCCGCCCCCUGCCCACGUCCGCCAGAGUGCCCGCGACGCUGCCAUGGCUUAUCACCGCCUGCACCAGCUCCACCUCGCCGGGAAGCAGGCUGGGGGACAUCUGCUGGCCAUCAACCUGGCACUGAGCGCCGUCAACCUGGCUGAGUGCGCCGGUGACGCCAUCUCCGUGGCAGCGCUGGCCGAGAUCUACGUGGCGGCUGCCCUGCGGAUCAAGGCCAGCCUGCACCGCUGCUUCCACUUCCUGGCGCGCCCCUUCCUCUGCAGCGCCCGGCGCGUGGCCCUGUCCCACGGCGGGGCCGUGCCCCCGGCCAUGCAGUGGCUCUGCCACCCCUUGGGCCACCGCUUCUUUGUCGACGGGGACUGGGCGGUCAAGGGUGUCCCCAGGGAAACCAUCUACAGCUCCGCCGGCAACCCAGUGGAUCCGCUGGCACAGGUGACCCAGCUCUUCCGUGAGCACCUCCUGGAGAAGGCGCUGUGCUGCGUGGCCAUGCCGGAGCCCGGCCGUCCCACUGCCCAGGGAGAGGGGCGGUUCUCCGAUGCCCUCGAGUACCUCCAGCUGCUCAAUGGCUGCUCGGAUGUCAGUGGCACACCUGGCCCUGUGCCCUCCAUCACCUCCGGCCUGGCGGCUGUCACAGGCACUGACCCCGUGUCCAAGUGGUGGGCAUCCUUCAUUGGCAUCGUUAUCCACUGGCUGCAGGGAGAUGAGGAGGGGGCUGAGCGCCUCUACCCGCUGGUGGAGACCAUGCCCCGGGCACUGCAGAGCUCUGAGAAGCCCCUUCCCCGUGCUGCCCAGCACUCCUUCCGAGCUGUCCGCGCCUUGCUGAGCAAACAGGACGGGAGCCAGGCCACCCUAAGCCACUGUGAGAAGGCCAGCAGCUGCCUGCGGGAGAGCCUGGAGCUGGGCAGCCCCCCCAAGGCCACCAUUGACAAGGCAGUGCAGCUCCUGCUCUGUGACCUGCUCCUGGUCACCCGCACCAACCUGUGGCAGCAGCAGAUGGGGGCCAGCCAGCAGCGCAGCUGCCUCUACCAGGCGUCCGCCCUGGAGCUCCGCGGCUUCCAGCAGGACCUCAGCAGCCUGCGGCGCCUGGCGCAGACCCUGCGCCCUGCCAUGCGCCGGGUGUUCCUGCACGAAGCCACUGCCAGGCUGAUGGCCCGGGCCAGCCCCACGCGCACCCACCAGCUGCUGGACCGCAGCCUGCGGAGGAGAGGGGUGCAGGGCAGCAAAACAGCUGGCGAGCCGGAGAGCCACCCCACCCCACGGGAGCACGCCGAGGCGCUGCUGCUGGCCUGCUGCUACCUCCCUCCCAGCUUCCUGGCGGGCCCGGGCCAGCGCGUGGGGAUGCUGGCCGAGGCCGCCCGCACGCUGGACAAGCUGGGCGACCGCCGGACGCUGCACGACUGCCAGCAGAUGAUCAUCAAGCUGGGCAGCGGCACCACCGUCACGUCGGGAUAGGUGGGGAAGGGGCCGCCAGCCCCCUGCCACCCCCGUGGGUGCAGAAUGUGGGGUGGCGGGAAGCCGUGCCUCAGUUUCCCUGCAGGAUGAUGUUAGGGAGCGGUUUUGGAGGUGAAGGGGUGGGUGGGGAAGGGUCGGGUGAUACCUGACGUGGGUGCGGGGUGGAGGUCCCAGCGUGGGGCAGCCACACGUGGGGUACCCUGGGUGGGUUCCCCUCUUCCACGGCCGUGUCCGUGUCCCCAGCCCGCGUGGGGGAUGGGGCGUGGGGACCUCUAGUGACACUGCCGCAGUAUUGCAGGGCACCGGCACGCGCGGCAGCGACCCCCGGUGCCACCCCAACCUCCUCCGGUGCCACCCGCAUCCCCCCGGUGUCACCUGUACCCCUCAGUGCACACGGUGGGGGCCCCUCCUGGGGUCUCUGCCCGGCCCCCCGUGGGUCCCACUGCCGCAGGACCCCCUUGGGUUUGGAGCUUGGUGUGGCUCUAUGGCAGCGGGGAAGUGCCCCCUCCUCAAUAAGCCCAUGGUAGGCAAGAGGGGACCCCACGCCAUCCCCUCCUCCCCAGCACUGAUCCCCCCAUUACGAGCUGCCACCACCCCGGAGCACGGACGGGCUUUGGGAGAAGGGAUGGCACGGUGGCACGGUGGCACGGGGCUCCCGGGGGGCAGGUGGGUGCCCCUGUGUCCUUGCUUCACCCCCUCUUGUACAUAGACCCCUCCCCUCGCCUCCCCCCACUCCCCCUUUUCCCUUUUUAAACGGUAUUUUCAUAGUUGGAGAGUUUUGUACAGACAAUUAAAGCUGAUUAUUUAUACUGGUGUGUGCUGGAUUGGAGGUGGACUGACACCAAAAGUGGGGGGCAAGGGGCCCCCCACAGCUGUGGACGCUUUGUCCCCACAGGGCUGCACGGGGUGGGGGACAAGGAUGGCAGGGAUGGGGACACGGGGUGCUGAGGGAACCCCAGACACCCUCUCUUUACCCCAUGUUGUCCCAGGGGCUGCUGUCCCCGUACCACAUCCCCUCCAGCGACACCCUUGGGGACAAAGGAGCAGCCAGGGGCUGUCACAGCCCGGGGGGGACCCCAGCAGCCCCCCAAGGAUCAAGAGAGGCCACGAGCAGGGCGCCACAUACUUCCAAAACAAUCGUUGUAUCUUUAUUGACGCUCUGAAUGCAAUGACCUGUUUUUUUACUCUUAAGGAAAAUAAACAUCUUUUAGAAACAGCUUGUUACACACAAUCUUCAGUGUGAAGCAAUAUACUAAUAAGAACACUAGUCUUAACAUUUACAGUCUUCAUAUAUAUUAUAUAUAUGUAUAUGUAUACAUAUAUAUACACUAUAUAAUGAGGCAAUAUAUAAUACACACGGUUUACCAUUUUACAGUCAUAUGUACAAGAUGUCACUAAAAAUAGCCAGAUUUCAGGCAACACUGCCAAGGACACGGGGAUUUUUUUUUCAUCUUUAAAUUAAUUAUUAUUUUUUAUUAUUAUUUCUCCCUUUUAAAUUUUUUUUCUCACCUCCUCUUUUUGUUUUUCACUCCCGUGUCCGAGGCAGCUGCUGAAACAACAGACAUUGUGUGGCCAGCAAACCUUGGGGUGGGUGGGAUGGAGGGGACACAGGAGGUGUUGGGGACAUGGGGCACUGGCUCUGCAGGGGACAUGGAUGGGACCAGCAGUGUGCCCCCCUCUGCAGGAUGCUGCAGAGGUUGGGGGCAGCCAGUGGCUGUUUCUAGGAUGAGAUUUGGGGUUGGUUCACCCUGGGCUGGUUGCUACCUGUGUUAGGAUGUGGGUGACACAAAGAUGGGCUGUGGAGCCUGGGGAUGUGGGCAGGGGUCUCAGAAGUGUUGGGCAGUCCCCCAGCUCCACUGAGGUGGCCAGGAAGCAGAAACUGAGGGAGCUGAGCAAACCCAGGGCAGGGAGGGGUGAGCCAGGCCCAUGUGGAGGGGAGGAAGCAAAUGCCUCCUCCUUCUCCUCCUCCUCCUCCUCCUCCUCCAGUUCAGCACACAGAGCUGUGGGGUUCAGCACAAGCACAGGGAGCAGAGGCCCCCCAAGAGGAGCCACAGAAGGGGUGCUGGUGAGGCCAAGCCCAGGCAGGAGGGUGGGUUUGGGUCCUGGGCAGCAGGACCAGCUGUCCCAGCCCAGCAGUGCCAGCGCCGCAUGGAGUGUGAGGGUGGUGGGUGCAAUGAGUCAGGGUUUGGGGUUUGGGAGCGGGGCUGGGUGCCCACCAGUCUGGCCAAGCACCCUUAGCUCCCAGCACCCUGGGUGUGUGUGUGGACAAACAGGAGAUGGAAGAACAAAACGGAAAAAGCAGAGUGGUGUUUCAAACAGCAGGCCGUUGUUUGCCUUUUUUUUUUUUCGUUUUUCUCAUUUUUCUCCUUUUUUUUGGUCUUUUUGUCUUUUUUUUUUUAAUCCUCUUCUUUGCUGAACUAUAUACAGACACCAUGAGGUUUGCUGAAGGCAA